AUAAAAAAACUUUUUGGGUUGUCUGGAAUAUUCAAAAAAUGCUAAAUUUUGUACGUUUCAAUGGAAUUUUUUAACGAUUUUCAAGUAACCAAUUAAUUUUUUAACGAUUUUGGAAAUACCCAAUUUUGGUGGUCUACUAGUAACACAUCUUGACUACUACUAACAUAUUAAACACGAUUAUACUGUGUCCUCGUUUCAGCAUUCAAGAGGGGGAUACAUUCGUGUUAGCUGCACUUUUCAUGAACUUUCCGCGCUCGCAACAAGAUAGAUAUUCCGGAUUACAUCGAAUUAUAUUUAAAAUUUAUCAUAUACUUAAGAGAGAAAGAGAGAAAAGUAAGAAACAAAAAGAGAGAGAGAAUAUGAGUUAACACAGCGUGGCUGAUACGAGCGGAGCCGAGGCAUUCGUCGAGUCCUUUCUAUCUACUUUCGGCGAACGAACGAACGGACGGACGAAGGAAAGGCGGUGCAGUAGUAAGCGACUAUCCAAGUACGGCUGCUCCAGCGAGGGUCAGAUAUCUGUCAGCUUCUGGCUUGGUUCGUAUCUCGAGGAACAGCUGAUCCAGCCUCGGAGAAAUGCCAGUUUGCCUGAAUCUUGCAAAACAAACGCACGAUGAGUGUUAGCGAAGUGUCACGGCAGCCGCCAGGACGGUAAAUAAAGAGCCACGCAUGUGGAAAAAUCAAUGAGGGUGCAACGUGAGAACGCAUCGCGCGAAAUUGACGAAAUUGUCGACACGCGGCCGACGAUUACGAAUACGUGAGAGAGCAUCGCCGCCAGGUUAUGUUGCGACGUCUGUGCGGUCGUAACGUCACACGCACGCCACGACCGUAGGCGCGUGUGGGACAAAAGAAUAGAGAGACGACGUGGGGGCCACCGAGAUGUUGACAUUAGAUGAGACCGAGUACGAAAAUAUGCCGAAGAAAUCCGGAAAGAGUCGGGAGGAGAAGAAGGGUAAAGGUAAAGGUAAAGGUGGCAAGCGGCACAGGCGCACCACUGGCAGUAGCCGCAAGCUACGGAGCAGUUUGGCGCCUGUUCCGCACAAAGUCAAGUCCCAAGAGGAGGAGGCGACGAUGGAACUUUCGUAUCAUGAGAAGGACCCCAUAGUGUCUGGUGUCUCCAAGGAGAUCAAAGUAGAAACCUCUGUAUCCAACGAGGAUGAAUACAUAAUAUUAUCUCAUUUGGAGUCCAUCAAAGAUGAACCUGGACUGAACGCAGAAGAACCGUUGGAGCAAUGCGUGCAGAAGAUCUCCAAGAGUCGGCAUAGGCAGAAACGUUACAACAAGAUGAUACUGUUGCGGAAGUGUACAGCUAAUCGCAAUAAACUGUCGACAGAGGAGACUGAGGACGAGUCCCAUGAAAAUACCUCCUUCGAAGAGGAUGGACGUGUCCCUAAUAUCGAGAAUCAUAUAUAUGAGAAUUCUGAGGAGCAACAGAAAAAUGACAAGGGUAAACGGGAAAAGAUCAAAUGGUCAAAGAAGUUGCAUCCAUUGUCUCUUUAUUAUACAGACAGGAGCAAGCCCUACCUGAAGUGUCCCGCAUGUGGGGCGAUGUUCUUCUGCUCGAACACGUAUCAAAGGCACUUGCACUCGCACAUGCAGAAGACUGUAGAGAGUUAUGUGUGCAAUUUCUGCGAUUAUUCUCACACAGAGCCUGGCAUGUUGUUCGCUCAUCUCGCCAAGCAUCAGAACCAGUGUGAGUCCUGUAAUGAAAGUCUGCUACGUAAAGACAAUUUCGAGAAGCAUUGGUACCAGUGCUCCUUGGCGUUCAGUCUGAAGCGUGAUCACCAUGGCAAAUUCGUCUGCACGAUAUGCGAACUGGUGUUCGAUCUCUUGGCCCAGUUGGAAAAACACUGGUUCAAGCAUACCUGUAAGAAGCAGAAGUCCUACCAGUGCAAUGAAUGCAGCGGUCUCUACGAGAACUUGGAGACCCUGAAGAAUCACAAGUGUCUCAAGUGUCCAGUCUGCGGCGAGGUCUAUGAGAGUCUACAUCGGCUGAAAAUACACACGAUGUGGAUGAAGCAUUACUUGAAGUGUCCCAUUUGCUCUUACGAGUUUAUUCUCUCGACGGAUCACGAGAAGCAUCUGUCCCUGCACAGAAAAGUGUAUCAACCGAUGAAGGAUUACAUGCACUGUUUGCGAGCGGCUGACGGCAAGACGUUUCAAUGUAAUCUCUGCGACAAGAUAUUUUACGCCUUACCGACCCUCUUGUCGCACCUCACCGAAGAGCACGAUGUGAAGAGCGUGAAGACGGAGGAGACUGACACGGAAGAUAAUUUCGAGCUAAAGGGAGACAUUAUCGACAUAGUAGUGGUUCCUGACUUCAAGGAUUCUGUCAGCUAUUCUGACAGCUGUAGCGACACGAACCCGUUGCAACAAGACACCGAUCCGGAAGAUCAAGUCGACUACGAGCUCAAAUCGUGAAAAUGAAGAACAACAACUCUCAUCGUGAACCGUUGUUAGCAGCUUUUAUCGUCACAACUAUCGGCGUACUCUCAUACAAUAUUGAUACUAAAAAAAGAAAAGAAAACUGAACUACCAAAUAUGAGGACAGUUGCAAGUGCCGUCGUUGUGAAGCAGUAGACGAGAAGCAAUUUUAUCUGGAAACGCUAUUUUUCAAGGUGCAUCAUUUUGCUUCGGGACUUUUGAUAUCGAUUUAUAUAAACCGGAGACGAUCGUGUUGAUUUUAAACAUAGAACGUGCUGUAUUCUCCUUUUAUCUUUUCCGUUAAGCAAAAUAUAUAUAUCGAGACAAGAGGAUAACGAUAAUUAAACGCUAUAUUAGCAAUCCUAAAGUAGAUAUUAAUGAAACAGAUAGCUUUGAGGCGAUCGGAAUAGCAGAUAUUUUCGGAUGAACCUAAGUCUCUCUCUCUCUCUCUCUUUACAUUCGUCUGACACGCGCUGGCGAGCGACCAUCUCUCGCUUCGCGUUCUCUUUUCUCUUGCAGGGGGAGGAGACACGCACGCUUGACGCGACAUCGUCGCUCGCGGGCGCACGUUAUACAUCGUUUUAGACAGCUCCGUUCUACAGAUUCUACCGUACAGAAUAAAUACAAGUUAUAUUUGUAACAUAAAUACAUUCCGCCAUCAUGCGCGACUCGCUCUUCAAGCGGAUUUUACCCGUUCGAAAAAUUCUUGCAUCACAGAUGUAUAAAUAAUUUCUCUGUAAAGAUAUACACAGAUCAUUAUAGGUUUAAACCUCGUACAAUAUGUAUAUAUUAUCUAUGUAUCGCGUAUGACGUAUACGUUUUUAUAUAACGUUUCUUUUUCUUUCAUUUUUAUAAUUAUUCCUACUUUGGAAUAUUAUAAAAAGUGAUAUACAUAUAUACAGGUUGUAUAUGUAUGCAAUAUAUACAUAUAUGUGUAUUCCGAGCUAUCAAUCCUGCUGUAGCCUGAUCAUGACAUCUCGCUACGUUAAUUAGCUUCAUUGAUUUUAUAAUAAAUUUAAAUCGCGCGCGGAAUCUGCUAUUUCCUAGAAUCUAAAUCGCGUAUUACGUGCGCGCUUCCGACGAACUUACCGUUCUCGUCGUGGUCGCGUGAGAUUAUUAGUCUGGUAGCAACAUGAGAAAUACCGGGGCUUAACACGAUGCAUUUAUAACGCAUGGUUAAAUAUCGGAAACACCUCGCAGGUUAUACAUUAUUAUGAUUAUAUCCAGCCGGAUCUCUUGUUCGCAUCCGCUCGUGUGUCGGAGGGGAGGGGAUAUUUUGCAGCGUACGUUCGUAUGUAUAAGACUAAUGUCGUAGGCCUACGGUACUAUACUUUACAUCAAGAGAGUCAGCUCUGUUAUGUAUUCGUUUUGAAAAAUAAAUGUUCAUUAGCAAUAAUAUUCUCCUUUGUACACGUACUCACAAUAAAUAGACAGACAGACAAACACACGCAUAUACAUACGCGCGCGAAUGGAGAGAGACACCACUUUAAUCGCAUAUAUAUCGAAAGCAGCGAGAAAAGUAGUACACCCUCGAGUCUUUUAUAUAGUCCAGAGAUUAGAACUCGCGUGAACCGGCGUUUGAUUCGUAUAUAUAAAUAUUCAUCAAAUCAGAAAGAAUGGAUGCGGAGAAGCUGCGUAUGAAAGCUUCCACGCCACGAUAACGAGAAUUACGAUAUUUACUGAGCACGCAAUUAUUGUACAAUUACAUUGUAUAGCUCUCUUGUGCAUCCCUAUAUGUAUAAUCGCCGGCGCGUCCGAAACUCCUUAUUUCCCUUAGCAUUUUCCAAUAUGCCUUUUGCCAAGAAACAUCACUCCGAGUACGUUACGCGCGAGUAACGAGGCCGAAUGUUGCAGCUACCGGUCUUACUCGAGAGAGAAUGCUAAAAACAGAUCGUAUCUUUCUCUCUCUCUCUCUCUCUCUCUCUCUCUCUCUCUCUCUC